AUGGAUUAUGCAUACGGGCAAUCUAAUGAUUAUGCACUACGAAUUCUUGUUCCUAGUGAUUCUGUAGGAGCUAUAAUUGGUAAACAAGGUUCAACAGUUAAACAAAUCAAGCAAAAAACACAUGCAAAAAUUGAUGUGAAUAAAAAUGAACCAUCAAAUAUACAAGAACGCGUGAUUGCUUUUCGAGGUCAACAAGAAAAUUGCACUCAAGCAUGUCGAGAAGUACUUCGUAUCAUGUAUGAAGAUGCCAAAACUAAAACUAAAACAAAUGAAAUUGUCUUAAAAGUACUUGCACAUAAUAAUUUCAUCGGACGAAUUAUUGGUAAAGGUGGUAACAUAAUAAAUUCAAUAAAAAAAGAAACUGAUACAAAUAUUACUGUAUCAAGUAUAAAUGAAUUAAAUUCAUAUAAUGUUGAAAGAAUAAUAUCAAUAAAAGGUGAAUUUGAACACCAAAUGUGUGCACUUGAAACAAUCUAUGCUAAAUUAUGUUUGGCUUAUGACAAUGAUAAUGCUCGAACAUGGAAUUAUCCAACAUCACAAUAUCAACAACAACAACAGCAACAGCAACAACAACAAUUAAUGCAACAAUUUGCUCAACAAGCAGUUAUGAUGGCUACUAGUGCUAAUGGCGGUCCACCUCUAUUUCCUACACAUUAUGCUCAGCAACAUCAAUCGAUAAUUCAACAGACACCAACAAAUAGUAGUAAUAAUUCAUCAAGUAAAUAUGUUGAACAACCACCACAUCCAACAGCAAUAUAUCAUCAACCUUAUUAUCCACCAAUGUUUCCUGUUCCAGGCCCCUAUUAUAUGUCAUAUCCCCCAACGAGUCAUAUGGUUCCUCCCUAUCCUCAUCAAUACGGAAAUGUAGCAACAAAUGCAAAUGGAAAUCUUAAUCAUCAUCAACAACAACCACAUUCUCCACCAAUUGUACAAUUGUCACAAAAUACAUCAGCAGCUAUUGAAACCGUUCAUUUAUAUGUACCGAAUACGGUGAUUGGAGCUAUUAUUGGUACUAAAGGUCUUUUUAUUAAAAGUAUUAUUAGUAAUUCAAAUGCAUCAGUUAAAAUUAGUCCGCUGAGUCCACAUGAAGAUCAAAAUAAAAUAAUCGAUCGACAAGUCACAAUAUCCGGAACACCUGAAGCUCAAUGGAAAAGUCAAUAUUAUAUAUAUGAUAAAAUUCGACAAGAAGGUUAUAUCAUUUUUAUUCCAUAUAAAGAAUUAUCAGAAAGUUAUGCCGGUGAUGAUGAAGUACGACUACGAGCGGAAAUUUAUGUACCAACAUCAUUAAUCGGACGUUUAGUUGGUAAAGGUGGACAAAAUGUUCGUCAAUUGCAACAGUCAACAGGUGCAAUCAUUAAAUUACCAGAAGAUUCACAACAGACAUCAGCAAGCGAAGUUCCCGUUAAAAUUAUUGGCCCUUUUCAAGCUAGUCAAUUUGCUCAACGACGUAUUCAAUCGAUUAUUCAAAUGAGUCGUGAUUUAAUUAAUACAUCAAAUGAAGAUAGUAACAAUAAUAAUAAUAAUAACAAUAGUGAACAAUCAAAUAAGUCGAAUAAUCUCAAUGAGAUAUCGACAAUUGUGAAUGGAAGUACAAUUAGUGAUGAUGCUGUUGUUGCUUCUAGUACAACACGAAAUUCUGAUGAUAGUAUAACAGCAGUCAAUGAAAAAAAAUCUAGUGAUGAAUGA